AUGACCCAGAUAGCGUCUACAAUCUCAUUCAACACCUCUGUAGGCGUUACUGAUGCGCUAAACCUGCUAGCAAGCAUAGUCAUUACUAUGCUUGUCUGCUACGUUUCACUAUGCCGAGGUUUGAGGUAUCUCAGACGGGACCAGCAGCAUUCGCAAACGCCCUACAAGACUCGCGAAGACUUCCGGAAAAUGACUGCCGAAGAUGCUUGGCAGAUCGCCAACUAUGUUCAGAGCCUUGAGUUUCCAUGGAUAACCAAGAAGGCGCUAUCGUUCGCCCUCUUCAAAACUUAUGGCAUACCCUCAAUCUCCAAGUUGCUCUGCGAAACGCAACAGCUCGGUAAAGUUGAGUACGCUGGACGCCGUUAUGCAGACACGAGUAUCCUCAUCGCGGAGUUUCUUGGGUACAGUCCUACUUCAGAGCGAGCCAACUCGGCCAUUGCUCGAAUGAACUACUUGCAUAGCAGGUACCAGAAAGCAAAUAAGAUUAGCAACGAGGACAUGCUCUACACAUUAUCGCUUUUCGUUAUGGAGGUUGAGCGAUGGAUCAAGCUCUAUGAGUGGAGGGUGCUGACACCAAUGGAGAUCUGCGCCUUCGGUACACUCUGGAAGGCCAUCGGUGAUGCUAUAGACAUUGACUACUCGAGUCUUCGUCAUGGUCCAGAAACCUUCAAAGAUGGCCUCGAAUUCUUCGAGGAUAUCAAAGAAUGGGCCGAGAAAUACGAGAGCAAGUAUAUGGUUCCUGAUAAGUACAACCACCAACUGGCCGAAGAAACAACUCGAAUUCUUCUUGCCAAUGCACCCGAAGCCUUGAAGCCAUAUGGACAGAACGUAGUCGCAGCCCUCAUGGAUGACCGACUCAGACGCGCUAUGCUGUACGGCGAACCGCCGCUGAUGUAUAUCAGGAUUGUCAAAACUAUCUUCGGUGUGAGGAAGUUCAUAUCAAGGUGGCUCCUUCCGCCACGACCUUAUGCUUUUCGAGCUAGGCAUGUCACUGAUGAUCCAGACCCCCAAACCGGAAGAUACUUCAUGACUGAAUAUGAAAACGAGCCAUGGUACAUCAAGCCUACAUUUUCCAUGCGUUACUCACCGCUUGCGUGGCUACGCUGGGCUGCAGGUAAACCCUACCCCAACGGGAAGGGUUACAACCCUCAGGGCUACAAGAUCUUCGAGGUUGGGCCGAAGAAGCUGGAAGGCUAUGGUCUGGACGAAUGCGAGGCGACGCGCGAUCGACUGAUGGGUAGCAACCGAGGCCAAUGCCCAUUCGCUUUCUCGUAA